UAUUUUGCCCAUAGUUAAAGUACCAUUUUUGUUAUACAUCUGUUUAGGAAGUGUCUGAAUCAGUGUAAGGACUGAAGAAAAAAAAAUUGGCCCCUCCUGUAUUUCGUUGCCCAUUAUCCCUACUUUAGAAACACUCAAGAAACAAAAAACUGUUAAGUCAAUUCAGACAUCAAAAUCAACAAAAACAAAGCUGUUCAAACGUCCGCUUAGACAGUUGGCGCCUUUCAAAGUGUUCCCGCCAACGCUUUCAUUGGUUCAUUUCAAAUUCUUCUCGUCCAAUCGUUCCUUUAAUACAACGACACGUGACUCUCCAUUCGACCAAUAAGCGUCCCCGUAGUGCCGACACUCUACUAUAAAAUCUCCGGGUGACGCGUGCAAUAUCAUUACAGACUAAGCACUCUCUCUAGUCGAAAUGGCCAGAACAAAGCAAACCGCUCGUAAGUCCACCGGAGGAAAAGCUCCAAGAAAGCAGUUGGCUACCAAGGCGGCCCGUAAGAGCGCCCCAGCCACCGGCGGAGUGAAGAAACCUCACCGCUAUAGGCCCGGUACAGUGGCUCUUCGUGAGAUCCGCCGUUAUCAGAAGUCAACGGAGCUGCUUAUCCGUAAGUUGCCCUUCCAGCGUCUUGUCAGGGAGAUUGCCCAGGACUUCAAGACUGACCUGCGCUUCCAGAGCUCAGCCGUCAUGGCUCUGCAGGAGUCGAGCGAGGCUUACUUGGUCGGCCUGUUUGAAGACACCAAUCUGUGCGCCAUCCACGCCAAGCGCGUCACCAUUAUGCCCAAAGACAUCCAACUGGCUCGCCGCAUUCGCGGCGAGAGAGCCUAAGUCUCCCGGUCUCCCCAUCACAACAACGGCUCUUUUAAGAGCCACUCACUUGUUCUAAAAUGGCUUCAAUUCCUCAUGCUUAUCUCUUACAAUGUGACAAGGACAAUAUUGAUGCUCCUGGUGGUUUGUGUAUUAUGUAGAAAAUGUUGCACACAUUGAGUCCCCUACUUUGGAGAACAAAAAAAACUAAUCAACCCCUUGGCUAUUUUCGUUCACAAAGCAUGCCAUGAUGAGAAUAGCAGGGUUUCAUUUAAUUUUUGGCCUCAGUCUUCAAUUAUAAGAAGCUGGUGUGAAGAUCAAUAGCAAGUGUAUGUAAAAUAUUUCAUAGUUCCCCGAAUACUAAAUAUUUACCUCAUAUUUAACGUUGGGAAUUAUUUGCAUUAAAAUGUCCAUUUAAUAUUGCUGUUCACCUUAUUAGGGUUUUGAUAUUUAAGGUGACAAAUAUUGUAUUGUAAAAAUGACAACGAUGUCGACCAGUUUGUUGACACAUUUAACACUGAAGACGAAAUGUCAAGAAUUCAGGUUACCUAUUGCAUGUCUGUAUAUAAUUGCUAUAAUUUUGAAGUUAUAGGUAAGUUACAUUGCUCAGUACAAAUACUAUAAGGGUUUA